AUGUCCGAACACGAGCCCAUGUCCUGCGGCCGCGCACUCUUGCCUCCAGAGCUCUGGGGCCUCAUUCUCAGUUACUUGUCGAAGAAAGACCAGCGGAGCUGUCUCUCGGUGUCGACAUCACUUUAUGUUCUGGCGCGCCGUCUCAUUUUCUCCCACAUAACCAUCCACUUCGGGAUGUGGACAAUAAGACAGUAUCACGUAGAAUCCGAGUUCCGACUCACUAAACGGAGAAAACUUGUCAAUGCAAUAACCCUGCAACGGAUUGCACGCUACCCUCGGUUCGCGCGGUUAAUCAAGAAGUUCUCCGUCCGCGCCCAAACCUUCGAUUCGGGAUUCCAAUGGAGUGCCAGCGAGUCGGCAUCCGCAAUUAAAAGAAUCAUUGUCGCGCUGAAAUCAAUUCCGCAUCUUCAGUCCUUUCAGUGGUACGGCUCAUAUCCACCGAUCCCGACUUCGGUGCUACAAGCUCUAGCGGAGACAAGUUAUGCAUCCACGCUCAAAGAGAUCAGCAUCUGUGGUAUACUCAGCUUCGAUGGGAAUGCCUCGCAAUAUCUCGCUCAGUUCAAGAGCCUACAAACGCUCUUGGUAGCAGGAAAUUCUAACCUCGACGAUUACGCUCAGCCAACCGCCCGGUUGAUGCUCAAGGAUUACGUCCCGCAUGUGCACCCCACUCUCCGCUACCUCACAUUGCCGGGGGACUCAUUAUGGCACGCCCCGCAACACGUGUUCUCUGGUCUGCACGAGCUCUCCUUGCACAAUCCGGCGAGCCUCGAGGACUUCAGCGUCAUCCUUCAGCACUGCUCGCAGCUGCAGACACUCAACCUCCGUAUCGACAACUGGGACUGCAGUGAUGAACUACUCGCUGCCCUGGAGGCCGCGCCAGACUCCCUCCCGCAUCUAACUUCGUUCAAGCUCCUUUGCGACAACGAUGUAUUUGACUUCGUACCUCUCACGCUCACUACAUUCUUCAAAAACAAGCCGAUGAUGCGGCGGCUCGACCUUAGGUUCGAACUCCUUUUCGAGGACGUGGACGAGCUCGCGUACUUCCUCGACAUAAUCGCGGGCUUGCCCCGGCUAGAGGUCAUCGGACUCAGGCUAGAAUGCGCAGACUUCACGCACGAGCAUCUUCAACUUCUCGACGCACGGCUUCCCCUUCACCUCUCCGCUCUGCUCUUGGCAUGGGCAUUCGAUCCAGAUUAUGGCUCAAACACCGUAGCGGAACGCGACUGGAUCGCCAUGGUGCGUCCCAAAGCCCCCUCGCCCGAUCUCUCUUUGACCGUGCCCCCAUUGGCACCCUAUCAGCUCAAGAGACGCCAGUCGCUGGGCUACUUCCACGUCUUGGACAACGCGGGCACUCUCGAUCUGCGCGACGCGCUGCUGCGGGAUCGCCCGCGCUCCCUGGAACUCGUUGGCUACGGAGGCUGCUUGUGCAGUAUCGAGCGCGACCCAGCGACCGGUGCGUCAUUCUACGGGACGCCCUGGACGGAGGAGGCGCUCGGCUUCGGGACUGCGGAGGACUUUGGGUGCGAUGAUUGGGAGUGGCUGGUGCGGUACCACAAAUGGGACGGGCUGGUCCGCUUCUGGGCUUGA